ACAACAUAGUUGCUACCAAUAUUUAUAUACAAAAAACCCCGGUGUCAUUUCGUUUCGACUUUUAGAUCAACUGUUACGUGAGAGUAACCGCCUAUAAACGAAUUUCAGAAGCAGAUAUUUUUUUCCUUAUAAUACUUAAGUAUUUUAAUAUUCCUGAUAUAAGAAACCAUUACAUUUAUCCAAUUAAUUAUUUUAAUAUUUCUGGCUUUCUAUACAUUUACUUAAAUUUUAUUAUUUAUUUAUAUCAAAAGAACACCAGUGACGAUUCGGUUCGACUUUUAGAUCAACCGAAGCGAAGCUACAUUUAAUUGAAUUUCACCGAGGCGCAGGUUCUUCUCUUUAUUCGACAUACCUAAUUAGGUAUUUUAAAACUUUUCACGUAAGAAACCAUUAACAUAGUUAAUUAAAUAUUUUGUUACAUCCAACCUACCAAAUACCAACUUGUAGAUGAAUUUACAGUGAAUCUUCCCCAAUGGCCAGCUAUCUCCGUUCAUUAAGUCUUUGUCGGUCAUUACUAAUUAACUACAGACACCUCAAGAACUUCCACCGUGUCUGCUCGGUUGCCAGGCCCCGUUUAUUAUACAAGCAUGACCAGAACUUCCAUACAGGCCUUAACUUUCGACAAGACGACCCGAAAUCCAAACUGGCGUAUAUGUCCCCUAAAAUGCAGAUUAUCUACACAUGCCGUGUUUGUGGGACACGCUCCUCCAAGACUUUCUCCAAGGUCUCCUACGAACGGGGUGUGGUGUUGGUGCGAUGUCCUGGCUGUCAGAACCUACACCUUAUAGCGGAUAACCUCGACUACUUCAGUAAAACCGGUAAAACAAAUGUUGAGAAAAUUCUGGCUGAAAAAGGAGAAAAAGUGACCAAAAAUCAAAGCCAUGAUGGAACAGUAGAAAUUGCACCCGAUUCAAGCUGAUGAUGUCAUUCGUUUCUGUCUCAUCUCUAUGACGACUCUAUUUCUUUCACAGGCAUGAGAAAUAUAUUUCUUGUGACAUUCAUGUCUUUCCUUGCAGCAAUAUUAAUAAUGUCUUCACUAAAAUCAAAGUGACAUGAAAUGGCUGUAACAUCCUCAUCAUCGUUUUAUGUCUGUUUUCCAUGCUGGCAUGGAUCGUCUGAAUUCAAAACACAAUGAUGGCUGUGACAUUAACUUUUUUUUUGUUACCAUUAUUUCUGCCUUUGUUUCAAUUAAUUAUUCAAAACGAAGCAUUCAGUAAAAUUAAUUUUGUCAUUAAUAUUAAUGAGCUGUGUUUGUAACAUAAAUUAACGUGAAAUUUUGAAGGAAAGAAUGAUUAAAUUUAGAUCCCUUUAAAACGAAGUUUUUGUAUCCUAGAACUAGAGGUAGUCUUAGACAGGUUGGUAUCAUCAUCAUUGUCAUCGUUUAACGUCCGCUUUCCAUGCUGGCAUGGGUUAGAUGGUUUGAUUGAGGACUAGCAAGCCAGGAGGCUGCACCAGGCUCCAAUCUGAUCUGACAAACUUUCUACAGCUGGAUGCCCUUCCUAAUGCCGAGGGGAUGCCCUUCCUAGGGUUAAUAGAUGAUAUACUCAUCUUAAUUCUCUAUGUAGAGUUUUUGUGAAACUGUUGUCUUAAACUGUUUCGGAAAAUAAAGAAUCUAACUGUAUUAGAUUCUUCACUCAAACCAGAAAAAAACAAGUAGUUGCACCGUUUUGUUAUGUCUCUCUUGAAAUACACAGCCUUUAUUUUAAUUAAUUCUGAAAAUAAUUAUUUAUUAAAAAUAACUUUGUCUUUUUUAAGCAGGUAUUUGGAACAUAGAUUAAGAGAAAAUUUUUAGGGAUGGUUUUAAUUCAGAUCAUUUUUAAAACAAGAGGUGGACUCAGUCUGGUAUCAAAAGGGUUCCACAUGUUGGUUUACCAACUGAGCACCAGUUGAGCACUGGCCUUAUACCAAAAUUUAAAACCAUUAUUAUUCGUACCAGAAGACCUGUUGAGUCAAGUAAAACCAAUACCAUAACUGUGGCCAGUGGCCCCUGGCUGGCUCCCGUGCUGGUGGUAUGUAAAAAGCACUAUCCGAAAGUGAUUAUUGCCAGGCCCGCCUGACUGGCUCCUGUAGCGGUGGCACAUAAAAAGGACCCACUGCACUCUCAGAGUGGUUGG